CUUAACUUGAUAAACGUUUACCUCAAUUUGAGGAUCAUGCGAAAUUGCUAUUGCCAUUGCACUUAGAACGCUGAAAAUACCAAACCCCCUCUUUCUCAGCCGCUAUGGCUUCACCACUGUCACCCUCGCCCAACGGGACGCUCAAUCUCGCGACGCCGCAAAUAACCCGCCACCUCGACGCCGACGCGGCUCAUUCCAACGAUGCACCUCCAGACGAAGAUGCCGACACAAGCUCUCCAUUUAUCUCCUCCAUUCAGGAUUCCAAGGUCGACAGUCCUGUAAAAGAGAACGUCUCGCUCAACAAACGGCACUCUAGAAUAAUGUCGGGAAACGAGAUAGCUCCUCUGAAGAUCCUCAGUGUCAGGGACGAAAAUGUCGAGACCGAGUCACGAUCGCGGUCGCCAGCAAGGCAAUCGCCAAUCCCUGCAAGCCCAAGAAAGGCGCCCUCGGUCGUGAAGCGCUUUCCAGUUAAGAUCAUGAGCACAAUGCCCGAGAAGUCUCCCGAGAAGUCUCCCGAGAGGUCUCUCGAGAAAUCUGCCGAGAAGCCUCCAGAGACGAACAUUGUGAAGGGUCUCGAGUUCACGCUUGAAGACGCAAUGCAAAAGAACGGAGGUCUUAAACAUGCAAUGGGAAUAUUCGAGGAUGACGACGAGCCCACGAUUGACGCGGAAGACGACGCUGAUGACACAUCGUCAACAGUGGGACAUCAUCAGCAUGUAGACCCUGCCGACGAAACCGCUGCGCCAGACGAGUCAAUGGUCAGCACCUUUAGCACAUUUUCUGCCGUGCCAAACAUGACCAUGUUCGCGCGAAUUGGUCACAGUCCCACGAGAUACGCCAAUAUGGGCAUGACUCCCACUUCUCGAGGGGGUCGGCCUGACCCGUCACCUAAUCGGACCCCUCGACCUCCUACUAUGAACGAUGCUAGCAAUACAACCAGUCUCAUGGAAUUCACCGAGCAGUUCUCAAACUUUCCGUCUCGAAAUGGCCCACCGUCAGCCUCGCGGCGACCGCAUAUGCCCCUCACCCCAACAACCGGUGACAUGCCGUCCUCUACACCACAACGACAGCAAUCUAACCUCCUGGACUUCGACAUACCGCCUCUGCCCACACCACGCAGCAUACCAACUGUUACCCCUCGUGAACUCGAAUCUCUCAAAUCUUCCUUCCUCUCGGAAAUCAGCAGCCUCAAAGCCUCCCUUUUGGGGAAGGAAGCUGAGGUCGGAUCUCUCAAGACAGCCAUUGGUGAUGCUGAGAAACGCGUCGGACAGUGUAUGGAGCAGCUGCGCGAAACUCAAGGACUUCAAGAGGCCCUCACUGAAGAGAAGGAAACAUGGGAGAAGCGCGGCCGCGAGAUGGAGGCCGUGUUGCGCCAGGUGAAAACUGAGAUCGUUCACAACCAACGCGAAAAGGAGGAACUCGAGUACAAGCUUGACGAGAGCGAGAAGCGUCGCGAAGCCGCCGAGAUGAUGGCGCAAGAUGCGGAAUCGAAGAUGGCGGGCAUGCGCGCUGGUAAGGCCACAGCAGACAUGGGCUCCCCCGGUAGCAACAAAUCGCCUGAUAAGGGCGGUAAGAACCCGGGCUCGCGCGAAGUUGAAAUUGCCGUCGAGCGUGUGGCACGAGAGUUGCACGCCUUGUACAAAAGCAAGCAUGAGACCAAGGUUAUAGCGCUCAAGAAGAGCUACGAAAAUCGCUGGGAGAAGAGAGUUCAUGAACUGGAGAACAAGAUUGAAGAUCUUUUGGACGAAAACGAGAAGCUGAGACUCGGCCGCGACGCUACCAUGACCAAGGUCGACCCCACCCAGGCUGCGGCCAACGAAGCGCGCAAGGAGCAGGCUGUGAAGGACUCGGCACAGAUCAAGGAGUUGGGUGCCGAGAUUGAAAAGCUCGAGGCGAGCAUCAACAGCGUCAAGCAGGACAAUCAAGAAUUGAUCCAGCUGCUGGAGAAGGAACGCGUCGAAAAGGGCGAGUUGGUCCAAUUGGCCGAGGAGAUGAUGUCGAUGCAGCACAGCUUCGUCCAACCACAGCCUGAGGAGCCGCCAAAACCGGUAAAACCGGCUCGACCGGUAUCGAUGUACGCGAAACCGCAAGAAAAUGGUACCACGCAGACAUUCCGGACUAGCAUCGGUCGCCCAGGAGGUCCAUCGGGCAUUCGAACACCGGGCCGAGCACCAGGCUCGUUGCCCAAACCGCAAAUGGGGAGCAGAAUCGGCGGUCCUUCCCUAAAGAGUGGUGGUCCUCAUGGGGGUCUGCCUCGGCCGGGCAGUGGAACGGGAUCACGAAGUGGCAUCAUGAGCUCGAUCGAGAGAAUGGGCACUUACAAAGGGCGGGGUGAUUAAGUUGGAGAUGGGAACGAUGCUUAAUAAAACGAGUUAUGACUUGGAGAGGAUGAGGUUUGGAGUUGUGUAUUUGAGCGCAGACACACACGCUGGUGGUGGUGGGUGUCUUGUACAUAGUACCAGCCGAUUCAUGUUGAACGUCGUAAUGUCGGAGUCUGGGUUUAUGAGGACGAGGACUAGGAGUCUUUCUGAAUUGACACGAUACCUUCCUUACUUAAAUACUUACUUACACCUUGAUAGACUCUCAAAAAUCCAUUAGAACCAUUGGUCUUGAUCGGUGACGAAAUGCUCAACAUGAGAUGUACGAACUCAAUUCGGCUCUUCU